AUGUCCGCCAAGCAAGCCCCGAAGAUGUGCACCCUUUGCCAUUCAGGAUUCGAUGAGCCAUGCACAACCUGCGCUAUCUGCAUGGGCAGAGAUUGCCCAGUUGUUGUUGGAGAAUGCGGAUGCAAAUUCCAUAAGCACUGCAUUGAAGGAUAUUUAGGCAACAAGCGUACAAACUGCCCAGGAUGCAAUGCAAAGUGGGCAAUUGCAAAAUAA